UAAGUCGAAACGUUAAAAAUGUUUAUUCAACCAUGAAGUUUAAUUUAUUUAAUUGUUUAUGUAAAAAACAACAUAUUUUGAAAUGUGAACUUCAAAGAAUUUGAUUUAUUGCAGUCACAAACGAAAAAACAAUGUUUGAAUUUAAUACUAUACUUAUUUGUAUAUUUUUUAUCCUUUUGUAUUCUUUAAAAUGGUGAGUAAAGUAUCAAUUUGAUUUCCACGAUUCUUUAACUCAUUAAUGCUGUUAAACAUAGGUUAUUACCCAAAGCCAUCAGUUUGUAUCUUAAAUACAAAUAUCAUUUGAAUGUGAAAAUUGGCUCUGCUGGUAUAUUCUCAUUACAAGAUAUAGUAUUUCUAAAAAAUGGUUAUUCAGUGGUAUAGUAUAAGCAAACAACUUAAUUGUAUGGUAAUACAUUUUAUUAUUUAUUUUUUUUGACAGCACAUUGAUAACAUUGGUUUCCGCAGUAGCUUUAUUAGCAGCGAAAUUAAUAAAUUAGUAUGUUUAGUUGCUCGCGAUGUGAGAAUUGAAAAAAAUAUUGAAUGGAAUGAUUCUUCUAUAGUAAAAGAAAACAAAAUUAAUAGCAAAAUAGAAAAUAUAUUGCCUAUUAUUAUGAAAUUUGCACAAGUACCUACAUAUAUUUAUUUUGGUAGUGUUGUGUAAAAUAUAUUUAUCAUUUCUUUGUUUAGUUUUUAGCUGUUCGUAUAAAUCGAAUAUCCAUAAUGUCAUUGCAGCCAAACAGCCCCGAAUGGCUUUUUAUAGUCUCAGUUAUAAAUCUUCAUUUGGAUGCAUCGGUUAUUGGUUCAUCUAGACAAUUAUUAGCUAAUGUUAAUGCUCCAUAUGCUGAAGCCAAAUUACUUCGUCAUCCCAUGAACCCAAAUUCCUGUUGUUUAGCAAAGAUCACUGUUAAUAUAUGCGCUGAAAGUAUAUUGGAUACACAUGAACCUUUGUCAAUCCAAUCACUUAAGCUAAAAUUAGACAAAUCCAAAAUUGUAUUAAAUAAAGGUUUAUUUAGUUUUAUACAAAACAAUAGUUCUACUUCUGCAACUCAUAGAACUAAUAAAAAUCAGGAUAGUGUGAAGAUGGCUGUAGAAGAAAACAUUCCACUUAUUAUUCCACCUUUGAUACCAAAGGUUAGUAUUUAAUCAUUUAAUUCACAAUAUUUAUUUUAGAAGUAUUUUAUUUUAUUUUAAUCUUUUUGUAGAAAAUAAAAAUUAAUUUAGAAGAAUUAACUAUUGUUGAUGUAAAAGACAAUUUAGUUACUGAGAUGAAAGGAGAAUUGAAGUCUUUGACUAUAGACAAUUUAAUUAUUUCUGAUGAUGGUGAUCAGUUGUUAAAGCAAAGUAACAUAAUAAUGAAUAUUAUGUAUAAUUUAUAUGUAUAUAUUUGAUUGAAUUAUACUUAUAGGUAAUCUUUCGCUGAAAAUAAAUUUUGAAAAUUUAUCUUUAAUCGGCCAAGAAGAAAAAUUUGUAUCAUUAGAAAAGUUUUCAUUUGAAGCUAAGGUAUUAAAAAUUAGUGUAAAAUGAAUUAUUUUUUUUAAAUUUAUUUUAGUACCAUAAUCUUGUCUUAGCUAUUAAAAAAUAUUAAUUUUUAAAUUAAUUUUUUAUUUUAGUACUUCAAAAAAUCAUUGAAACUAGAUCUAAAAGUAAACAAUGUAUACACUUUGUAUUCACAUGAUGAUAUUUUCCAAUGGUAUACUUCCUAUACUGAUCAAAUAUUGAAACCAUAUCAGGUACAUUUUUAUUAUACAGGAUUGCAAGGGCAUCCACAGAAAUUGAUUGAAGGGGAAAAUACUUAUACUGACAUUUACAUUUUUAUUUGUAUCAACAUUUUAUGUUUAAUUUAAAAUCUUUAUACACCUGGUUUAUAUGGUUGUUUUAUUUGUUUAAAACUUGCUACAAGUCAUAAAUUAUAAUAAAACAUAGUUUUAUGGUCUGUCUCACUCCUUUAUCAGCUGGGUAUUCCUUCUAUAUUCUGAAGUUUUACAUGUCUUUCUGUAAUAAAUUACCACCUAUGGCAUCUUCAUUCACAGUCGAGUGUUUCAUUUUGAUUGAAGUACUCGAUACAAUCUCAUCCUUAUCCAAAUAAGUUUCUCAUUGCCACUGACUGACUCUGUCCUAUCUUCAAGCUCUCUCCUCUAUUGUCUUCAAAUCGCAACCUUUCCCCUCUCAUAUGUGAAUAUGAUAGUGAUAUCAGACAUAUUUUAUAUUCCUUAACAGAAUCGGGUACUGACAUUCAAUUUAUAUUUAUACCAGGCCACUCUGCAAUUGCUGGAAAUGAGUUUUUUGACAAGCUAGCUAAAUCCUCUGCCUCCUACAGAUGCCCUUCAAAUGCAAAAAAAUUCCAUGGUCCGAUUUUAUCAUCCUUAGGACUUGCACGUCUAAUCUUUGGCUCAAACAUCGGGGUUCACUCCUUCCUCAUUUCACCACCUGGUACAAAAAUAUUUUUAUGUUAAAUAAACCAUUCCAACACUACCCUGGUUCCACAACCUCAAUAUUUUCAGAAAAUGCAUAAUUUCAUUCUCCCAUCUCCAGUUUGGCCACACAUGUCUUCUAAUUCCUUUAAACUGUCACUAAACGAUUCCCCCACUGCACUCUCCACAACAAUCCAAUGGUUUGUGAUAUUAACCACCUACUCUUUAUCUGCCUCAGUCUAGUAACACAUUGUAACCACCUAUUGUCUUUUUUGAAAGACAAUAUACUGACAAUAUACCUUUCAACACUAUAAAUAUUUUCUCUAAACAACAAAAAAACACCAUAUUGAAUAUAUUAUCUUCUUUAACCAUACAGGCUUUUUAAUUUAGUAUUUAUAUUGUUAUUAUUAUUUUUGUAUUCUACCUCUAUAUUAUUUUUAUUUAUUGUUGAAUCUAAAUGUAUCCAAACAAUUUUAAUAAAAAAAAAAAAAGAAUGGCCUGUUAAUUACUAUUUAAAUAUUAUGGAUACAUUUUUAAUACUUUUUUUGACUAAAAUGUAAAUUAAAAGUUGAUCAUACAAUUCUGACCAUACUCCAUAAAAGUAUUUGAAAUAUUUAUAAAAUUGUAAUUAUUUUAUUUAGUUAAAGUCAACUUCAGCUUUACCAAUAAAGAAACCGUUACUAUUAAAAACUAGUCCUAUUGAUGAUAUUAGUAUUGAUGUUUUGGUUCAGUUUUUGAAUGUGACUACAACAUUUAAACUUGGUACAGAAUCUGCGUCUGUUAGUUUUAACAAAUUCAAACUUAUGUUGUCUUCUAAUCCCAUUAUAAGUUUGUAUUUACUAUAUUAUAAAUUUUACAUACACAAACAAAUUGAUGUUGAUUAAUGUUAUAUAUUUAUUUUGAUAGAGAAUGAAAAUUGUAUAAAAACUUAUGUUAACUGGCCAAUUGGGUUGUGUAACAGAAAAUGGUCUAGUGACUUGAUGUUAGAAACUGUGCGUUGUUGGUUAAAACCAUUUACAAACACUGAGUAUAGCCCCGGUAUGAAAAAAUGUCAUUCUUGGGGUACACCCUUGUUCAUUGGUUUGGUUUUAGUACAGGUAAUUUACAUAAAUCAUUUUUAAAACUAGUGAAUUUAUUCAGUUUGAUAUUAAUACCUAGGUUAAAAAUACUGUUUCGUCAAAUGUGCCUAAACUUAAUGUUUUACUUGAUACUGUACGCUUAGAAUGGAGUCCUCCACUUUCUGGAUUCAUAGUGAAAGCUCAUAAUUCCUUACAACAGUAAGUUGAAUUAAAAUUAAGAUACAAUACAUAAUAUGUUAUGAAAUAAAUGUGUAUUAUUUUUGUCAUUUACUUGUUUAAGAAAUUGUGUGAUUAAUCAUGUUUGAUUAUAUUCAAAAUAAAUAAUGAUGUAUAUUUAUAAUUUGUUUUAAUAGAAUUUUUGUUGUUUUGGAAACAAAUAUGAAAUCUAAAGAUGAUCAGUGUGAUAAUACAGAAGAAGAAAAAAAUACAAUACAUGAGACUAUUACAGCUAGUGUGUCAUUAACAAAUGCAAAUAUUUUCCUUAUAACAGAUAAAAAAAGUUUGUUUUUAAUUUUGUAAUUAUUUAUUUGCAUACAUUCAAAUUCAAACGAUUUUGAUAACAAUUUGUUAUUUGUGUUAUUUUCAGUUUGUGUCCUAAUAAGAAUUGAUACAAUUUCUACAGAAAUUGGAACUGCAAAAUUAAUAGCUGCAAUUGAGGGUCUCAAAUGUGACUCUUUAAUACCAACUAAAUAUCAUUAUGUUUGCACAUCAUCAGAUGAUAUUAAGGUAUUUAUUAAUUUAUUUUUUUUAUUUAAAUUUUAUAAAAACAAUUAAGGGGGUAUUUAUUUCUUAUUAUAAAUUAUUUUAAUUUGGAGAAAUCACAGUUGCAUUAAAGUAAAACAUUAAUACAGAGUUGGUGGCUUCACAUAAAAGCAUUGAAAAUGGAAAAAGUUGUUAAGACCAAAGAAAUUUUAAUUGAAAUUGAUGAAGUAUUUGAAUGUCGAUGGAGUGCUAAUGUCCACCUAAAGCUUUUAACUAUAUUUGAAGACAUAUCUGAUUUUAAAAAUCAUUUGGGUAAUAUUACAAUUUAAAAAUUAAUUUGUUUAAAAUAAAAUUGUGUAAGUAUUUAGUAUUUAUCAAUAAUACAUAUAUUUGUAUGGACAAUUUUAUUUUUAUUAUAGGCUUAAGUACGUUAAAACAUCCAAAGACAUCAACCCUUUUUAAUAUUAAAUUGUGUGUCAGAUCAAAAUUCAAACUAUUAAUGAAAGUUUCUUCUGCCCAUUAUUUAUUAUUUUCAACUGGUAAAAUUUAUACUUCAAUAUUUCAUUAUGCUUAUAAAUAAGACUACAAAUACAUUAAUUAUAUUAUAGAUGAUUUGAUGUAUAUUAAACAAAAUGGCAAGACACGUCAUUUAGAAAGCAAGAAUUUUAAAGUAGCUGUUGACCAAUAUAAUAUAUUUACUGUAAAAGGUUUUAAGAUGUUAAAAACUGAUUUUAAUAAAGAAGUUCAAUAUGAGAGACAAAAUUCUGAUGGGUUAACAACUGAAACAAAUACUAUUUGGUAUAAAGACAAAUUUUAUUUUUGUAUUUCCAAUUGUUUUAUUUAAAUUUAUUGUUUAAUAUAGGGAUGUAGCUAUUGAAAGCAUAAAAAUGAUAUUUCCAUAUAGCUUUGAGUUUUAUAGUAUUUUCCAAGGAGAAUUCUUUAGUAUUGUUAAAUGGUUAAAAUUGAUUCAUGCAAAACCAAAACCACAACCUGAACCUUUACCAAGUGAUAUAAUUUUAAAAGUAAAAUCAAUUAUAUUUCAAUUUUAUUUAUAUAAUAUAAUUAAUUAAUACUAUAAAUUAUAGAUACAAGAAUUCCUCUUUGAAUUAAGUGAUGAUGACUUUGAAGUAAAGCUCAGAGAUAAUUAUGAAUUGCUUGAAGAUGAGUAUAAAGAGAGUUUAAAACGGCAGAAAAUGCUUGAAACCAAAGUAUCCGAAUUAGUCAAAGAUCGUUUACUUUUACCAGCAGGCAAAGUUGAAGAGUUGUUAACUAGUUUACAAAAAAUGAAUGCUCAAAUAUAUAUACAACGUUCAAAACAAAUGAAACAACAAUCACCUGUACGAACUCGUUUAUUUUCUUGGACUAUGUGUGAUCUUUGUAUUAUCAUUUUGGCUGAUGAGUCCAUGCAUGGACCUCAAAAAGUAGUCAAUCAUAUAUGUGAAAUGGAUGCAGAUAGUAUAUGGCCUGAGGAUGGAUUAGUAUUUUGUAUACUCUGGUGUCGAAUGAUUUUUGCCAGUUGUGCUGAAUGGAAGUUUCAACUCAGAGAUUUUCCUCAGACUUGGCUUGAUAUUCGGAAAUUACAACUUUGGGGGAAGUUGGCUGGUGCUGAACAAGAACCUAAUCAAAGAGGUAAUACAUUUGCUAUUAUUGCUAAUUUUUUUUAUCUUCAUUUUAUUUCUACAAUAACAGCACAACAGUAUAAUUAGUGUUCAUAUAAUUUUAAAUUUAAAUUGUUAUAUUUUAGCUAAAAGAACUGUGAUCAUUGAAUUGAGUGAUCCAUUUGGUAAUAGUCCAAUUGAAAGAGGGAUGACUUCACUUAAAUACUAUUACGAUUUUAAUUGUGAAAUUGACAAAUAUACAUAUUCAUUUGGUCCUUGUUGGGAACCAGUCAUUGCACAGUGCAAAUUAUGUAUGUUACAAAAAAUUUAUUUAUUUAAAAAUUUAUCUAAAAAUAUAUCAUUUGUAAUUCAUAGGUUUAGAAAAGGUAUUAGGUUCCAGUAGAGAUCCAAGUCCACCAUUACCAUUUUGGGAUAAAAUCAGGUUAAUAUAUCAUGGACGAUUGACAAUGAUGGUUAAUGAAUUAAAAGUAAAGCUGCAUGCAUCUCUUGAUCCAUACAAUACAACUGAAGAGAUGGAAUUAAAUUGGUAUAAUACUGCAAUGGAUUGGACCAAUGGUAAAUUACAUUUAGUAUAUGUUUUUCACAUUAUUAUUUAUUAUUGUUUCCAAUUUUUAUUUCUAGCUAAAUUCAUUUUCAAAGGUCAUUUAAAAGUACUUGUACGAACAGCUUCUAAGUAUGACGAUGUAUGUUUAUUAAGUCUUCCAAAUUUAAAACUAGGUAUUAAAUUGAAAUGGUCUUGUCUGGGGGAUCCCAAUGAUCAUUAUUCAGUCAUGCCUUGUGCUCCAGAUAAAUUGCCAGAAUAUUCUAGUAAUCAAGUUAGUAUAUUUUAUAUUUUUUAUUAAUGGUAUUCAAAGAAUCAUUAAAAAUUCACAAUGUCUUCUAUUUGCGGAUGAUACUAAAAUUUAAAACUCCAAGACGAUCUAAUUAAUUUAUAUCAUUGAUGUGGUGAAAAUGGUAUGUCACUUAAUAUAGAUAAAUUUGCCGUUAUCUCUUUUUCUUUAAAGAAAAGUACGUUUUUUUUUCGAUUAUAGGUUAGAUAGUGUUAAUGUGUCACACAGAAAUGUAAUUAAAGACCUGGGUGUUUUAUUUGAUUUAAAACUCUCAUUCAAUCAUCAUAUAGAUUAUAUUAGGAAUAAGGCAUUUAUGAAAUUAGGAUUUUUAAAACGUAUGUGCAAGGAUUUUAAUGAUGAGUCAGCACUUAAAAUUGUAUACUUCUCAUUAGUACAGUCCCAUUUUGAUUAUGCUUCCUUAACUUGGCACACUGAUAAUAUUACUCAUAAUCAAAGUUUAUCCUCUGUCCAAAAUAUUUUCCUAAGAUACUUAUCAUUCAAAUGCCAUAUAGAAAGAGUUCCUCACUUAAGAUAUGAUACUGCUUGUAAUUUAUUUAGGAUAAUGUCUUUAGAUAAAAGAAUGAAUUUAUUGAACUCUAAAUUUCUCUAUAAACUACUACAUAAUAUUAUAAACUGUCCUGAACUUCUUGAGCAUUUGAAUUUUAGGGUAAACCAAUCAUGUUCAAGAAAUAAAUUUUUAUUUUAUCCUUCACAAAUCAAUAAAAAAUACAUGCUAUACACCUCCGCAAAUGUCCUUAUGACCGCGGGAAAUUCAAUCCAUAAUUUAGAUAUAUUGAAUACCACUCUACGCAACUUGUCAAUUACUAUAUCCAAUUAAUUUUAUUUACUAUCCUAAUUUAUUUCAUUAUGUUUUUAAUUUAUUUAUUACAAUGUUAUUAUAGGUUAAGAUUAUUUUAUCUGAUAUGUUAAUACAUGUCUCGAUGUAUUAAUUAUUUUCUACUUUUAUUUAUUUUGUAUGUUAAUUUAAUUGUUCAACUUAACUUUAUUAUUUAUUAUUAUUAAAUUAUUUAUUUUACCAUGUUCAUAUAAGUUGCAUACUGUCAAUUUAUUAUUUUGUAAUUGGAAAUUUCCGUAAAUAAAUUAUUAUUAUUAUUAUUAUUAUUAUAUAUAUAUAUAAAUACAUAUUUUUUUUAAAGAGUUAUUUAAAAUCAAUUUUUUUUCACUCAGGAACAUGACUCAUUUAGAGCAUUUCGUUCUCAAAAUCUAAAUGUCAGCCUUUCUAUUGAAACUAAACCAGAGCCAAACACUGGUUCUCCACAUACAGAUACAGACUAUCCUGUUGCUCUAUUGUAUGGUAGUACAUUAAAGUAAGGAAUUAAAUUAUUAUUAAUUAUUCUAUAUAAAUAUAUAUUAAUAAAGAAAAAUACACUAUUAUAUUAUAUUCUUAUUAAAAUUAGAAAUUCAAUAAGAUAUGAAAACAAAUUUUGAAAUUUAGAUAUUUUUAUAUAAUCUAUUAUUUUCACAAAAUUUUUUCAUUAUACUUUUUCAAUUUUAAAAAUUAAAAUUAUUGUUCUUAAUUAUAAAAUCUAAGUAAUGUACAUUUUUGUAAUUUUUAGAUGGUUUGAAAAUUUAAAAUUGAUCUUAUCUGGUGUGACGAGGCCAACUCGAAGAGGUCCAUUAUUUAAUAAUACCAGACAUCGUAAAUUAACAUUGAGUAGACACUAUAGAAAACUACAUUUAUGUGUGUCUUUACAACAUUUCCAAGUUCAUUAUUGGAUGUCAUUCGCUUUACAACGUGGAUUUGAGUUAUUUGGACAACGUAUAUCCACUAGUUCAGAGCACACUCUUAACUUAGUAUCAAAUUUUGAAGAUGAUUUAAAGCAUCGUUCACGGCCUAUUUGGUCUGUUGGAUAUAUGAAUUGUGAAUUAAGGGAUACAGAAAUAUGGUUAAAAAGUGCUCUACAAUCUGAACAAGAAGAUGAAGAAAUUGAAGUAGUACAUUUCUCUUUUUUUAAACUAAUAAAUUAGUAUUUUAUUUUUUUUAACUUUUGUAGGCUGAAAUUAAAGAAAAACCCAUUGAAAAAUGUUAUUUAUUGAGUGUAAGCAAUGUGUCAUAUGGAAGAGAAACUACAGGUACAUGUGAAGCUGAUGGAACCCCAACUCCAAUUCAUAGAUUAGUUGUGUAUCAUUUAAAAGGAGCUUGGACUACAAGAAAUAGAGAUGUAGCUUUUGCUUUAUUUAACUCUUUAGUUAAAAAUCAGGUAAACAAAUUUAUCCUUAAUAUAAUAUUAUGUAUUUAUUCAAACUCAAAUAAUUUUAUGUUGAAGAAAUUAAAAAAAAAUUUAUCAACUGAAGCUUUGAAAGGGUUUUGUUUAAAUGAAAAUGGUUGUACGCCAAUGAAGAACCGUACUAGAAGUACAGAAACCACUGAACAAAGUACACCAUUAUCGUCAGUUACAUCUGUUGCAUCAUCUACUUGUCAAGCUAGUCCAUCCCCAAUGUCAAAACUUCAAUGUGGUGGCCAAGCAGCUACUAUGCUUCAACAACUUAUAUCUGAAGUAGGCAAUAAACCUGUGGUUUUUAGUGAUGACCUUUCAAUGCAAGUAACUAGAGAACGAAGAUUACAAGGUUUAUCUGAAUGCCAACAGGAUGAUGUUCUGUAUAAGAAUUGGCUGAGUAUGUUUUCUUCACAAUAAUUUGAUUUCAUAUUAAUUAAAUUAUCAAUAAUUAUUAUAAUACUUUAGUUGCAUUGAUCAAUAGUCAAGUGUUAAUGAAAGGAUGUGAAACUAAAGGAUAUGUAAUAGUGAGUGCUGCUAAAGCAGAAAUAUUACAAAGAGUUCAUCGUCCAGUCUGGAAAGAUCAUUCAUUGGUUUCGAAAACAACUUGGGUUGGCACAUUAGAUAGUAUGCAGUACUAUGCUACAGUUAGUGCAGGAAAAACUGAUUUUAUUGUUGGUAAAACUGAAUAUAUAAGAAAAUAAUAAUAAAACUGUAGUAAAAUUACAAAAUACAUUAAUAUCAUUAUAGAAAAUAUUAUGUGGUUGAAUGUGGAAAAUAUACAAGAAAAAGACAUUGACAGCACAGUAAUAUCGGAUCUUCCUGAUUUACCACAUUUGGUUGGAAGCGGACAUAGUGUCGGCGGUGUGGUUAGCGAAACAGUUGGUGCAAGUAAUGUUGGUGAAAAUUCUCCAAUACAGGUAAUUUGAUAUUAAAACAAUUAUUAUAUUUACUUAUUAUUUGUAAUAUAUAUUUUUCAGCUUCAAAGAAUUGUUUCCCGGUGUAAAUGUGAAUUCUUUUAUGCGGGUCAUGGUGAGAGUAGUUUGAAUCCCGCACAUUUAACUGAAGUACCACUGCCUCCGACAGUUACACCUGAUGUGGUCGGUGAUCCUGAUUUACACGAACCAGUAGAUGCAUUUACUCUUAUGCAUCAUGAUUUAGAUGUUUGCACUAAUUCUCUACAAGUAAUAAAACUUUAAAUCAUUUGAAUUGGUGUAACUUAUAAUAAAUAACAUAAAUAAAUUAUUAUUACAGUACGCUAUGAUCUUAGAUAUUGUGAAUAAUUUAUUGUUAUACGUGGAACCCCGUAGAAAAGAAGCUUAUGAACGUUUGCAAAGAAUGCGUUUUCAACUGCAACUUCAAAGCAGUCAAGACCAUAGACAGCCCAUUCAACAGUUGCAAAACCAUGUUAGGUAUAUAUAUUUUUUUUUGAGAAUAUCAAAAUACCAAAUAAACAAAACUGGAUUGUUAUAGGUGUCUAGUGGCAAAAUUACGAAGAUUGGAAAAAGAAAUAUUUUUAUUAAAAAAAGAAGAAGAUUGGCAAAAUGAAGAGUUGCUCUCUUCUGAAAUAAGAAGUUUGGAAAAACAAGUAAGAUAAUUAAAUGUUUCUUAUAUUAAUGCGUACAUUGUUGUAUGAAUACUCAUAAAAUUAUUAAUAGAUGAAUGAAUUAAAAGAUCAAUUAAAUUCUGAAAGUGAAGAGUUAGACAUGAUGGUUUCAUGUUAUAAAGAGACUCAACUUCGAGCUACUCAAAAAUUGGCUACGCUAAGAGGUGAUAAACCAAGUGUUGUACCAUCAAGAGCCAAUGAAAUAUGCUUCAAACAUGCACAAUGGAGGUUAACAGAAAAUGAUGGACAGCUGGGUAUCGCUGAUUUAGUGCUUAGUAAUUUUUUGUAAGUGUAAAAAUGUUGUAAAUAUUUUAAUUAGUAAUUUGAAUGCUUGAACUAUUUUUACAUAGGUAUACAAAAAAUUCUAAAAGUGAUGAUUCUGUUGAGCAUUUAUUAGAAUUAGGGUAUAUCAGAAUGACCAAUCUUCUUGCUAAUGAAUUGUACAAAGAGGUAAUUGUGCCGACAGAAAUUCAAAAUAACAUGCCAGUUGAUGAUCGAAAGGUUAGAUAAUUUAUUUUAAAUUUUAUGUAUAUAUUUUAAAACUUUUAUUUUUAGAGAGCUGUAAGAAUAUUUUGUAGAGAAAAAGCUCCUGUGGGAGGUAUAUCAGUUAAAGAACAUUUUGAAAUUAAUGUGGUACCAUUGACAAUCGGUAAUUUUAGAAUAUGCCUUAUUUAUUUAAAUAAAUAUGAAAAUUUGGUUUUUAUUUUUAUUAGGUAUGACAAAAAAAUUUUAUAAUACUAUGAUGAGGUUUUGUUUUUCUGAAAGAGAUCCUGAAAACAUAGAUGCUGAAACAGAUGACAAAAAUUCGUCCAAAGGGAAAAAGAACAAAGAAAGUAAUUUUUAUGUGCCAAUAGAACAUAAAGAUGACGUUGAAAAAAUGAAGGUAAAACAAUUAAUAAAUAAUGAUAACUAUAGAUCAAUAUCAAAAGUAAAUUAUUUAUUUUAUUUCAGGAAAGAGCUGAAAAGAAUAAAUUGUUCAUUUAUAUAAAAAUACCAGAAGUGCCAGUGAAAGUCAGUUAUAAAGGUAACAAAGAGAAAAAUUUGGAAGAUAUUAGAGAUUUCAGUUUAGUCAUUCCUACAAUUGAAUACCAUAAUGUAACAUGGACAUGGUUAGAUCUUUGUCAAGCUAUGAAAGCUGACAGUCGACGAGUGAUAGUGUCUCAGGUUUGUUACUGUAGUCUUGUUUAAAGAGCAUAGUAGAUAUAAUAAUGUUUUAACAAUAUUAAAAAUUAAAAAAAUCUAUUAUUCCAUGUAAAUAUGUAUUGUUAUAUUUAAACCAGGCCAUAAAACAUAAGUUGCAAAUUAAGACUAAUAAAGCAAUUGCAGAUGGAGGUGCUUCACCUCAAGAAGAAGAUAAAGCUCGAAUGUUAUUUGGCAGUAAACUGGUGGUAAAUAUGAAACAUAAUUAUUUAUUUAAUUUUGUUAGAUUUAUUUUUAAAUGUGUUUUUUUCAGCACAACGAAAAUAGAAAUUCAAAACGUGGUAUCCUAAAAUUUCCUAAAUAGAAUAUAUUUAUUUUGUGUUUUUCAUAAACUGUGAUAUUAUUGAAUUUAGUUACCUAAAACUUUAAUUAAGAAUCUUGUAAAUAUUAUUUAUUUAAAAUUGAUUACUUUUAACUACAACAGUUGAUUGGGAUAGCCUAUUGAAUGUGGUGGUUGGAUGGAAGGUUCAGUGGCUUGGUGUUAUCUUUAACUGUAGAUACUUAAAUAGAAUAAUGUAAAUAUAAGUUGGAAUAUGUAAGUAUAUUACUGUUUUUAUUAAUAUUUGUAAUUCACAUUUUUACCAUUACUUUGUCAAGAUUUUUACACCGAUAACAUAAUAACUCAUCUUUUAAUAUACCCCCCUUAAAUUUAUUAUACAUUUCUUUCUUAAGUUUACUCCUUGAAUGAAAUUCUGUGUUAUAUCAAAACAUCUUUAAUUUUAAUAACAAAAAGAUACUUUUUUGCUAUACCUGAACUUAUAAUUUCAACACCACUGUACUACUGUAUUUUUUAUUUCAUUUCACAUGGAAAAAAGUGAUAGUUGUAAACAUAUUUUUAUUGCAGUUCAAUAAAUUGAUCAUAAUUGAUCUUCUAUAUCAUAUUGAACAAUACAAAAAUAUCAAGUUAUUACACUUCAAAUAUCAUAAAAUAAUUUUUAACAAUUUAAAUUUAUAUAAUAUAGUUUAAGUAAUUAUUUAAAAUUAAGUAAAUCUGAUUUUCUAAAAUAAUAACAAAUUAAUACACUAAUUUUAUAUUUGCAAUAGGUAUAAUAAAUUAUUUUUCAGUAUGCUCAUUCUUUCAUUAACCAUAGAAAUGUUAAAGGAAUAUAUUUGUAUAAUACAUUCAUUGAAGAAUAGAUUUAUAACUGAUAUUUUUUUUAGGUUUAUCAUAUUGGUUUUCUAAUAUGAAAACCUUUAUCCUGCAUUCCUAAAUAAUAGCCUUUAUAAAUAAAACUAUUUUAUACUUGUUUGUAUUACUGUUAUCUGAAAUAUACUACAUGUAACCAUAUAAACAAGAUUUUAGUACUAUAUUUAUGUAGCAAUAUAAUGAAGUCAUUACUUUAUAAAAUACUCUGUCUAUGAUUCUUUGAAAUAACACAUUUUUAAAUAAAUACAAUUUGUUUCAAGUAUAAACCAUACAAAUAUCUACAUUAAUAGUAAAUUUACUUAAAUUAAGUUUAUACAAAAAUACAUAAAAUAAAAUUAAUACUUGGUCCUUAUAUGUUAUCUUCAUUUGAAAAACUGCAAGUUAAUUUUAUUUUGGGCUUAUAUUUUUUUUUUUUUACGUAGGAAAAUUAUAUGUUUUGUGGAAAUGAUAUUAAAAUAAUAGUAAUAGUGGAAAUAACCAUAACAUACAUUUCAUGAAAAAUUAAAAUUUGUAAAAUUUUGUAUGUUGCUUGAAAAAUAUAUUUCCAGAAUUCUUGUUAAAUAAUUAUUUCAAAAAAACAGUAAUUUUAAUCUGUUUUACCAUUUUACAAAAAAUAAUUUUAUGAUGUAUGUAUAUUAUACAUAUUUUUUUUUUUAUAUUUAUUUUAGAGUAUUAACCAUUUUAAUAAUUUUGUUUUUACUUUAUUAUUUUAUUAAUCCAUGUUUACUUAAAAGUCAUUACUAGCUUAAUAAUUAAUUAUGGUUACCAUAAUAUAUAAGGACAAUUACUUAUAAUUUGUUUCAAAAAGACAAAUAAUUAAUUAUACAAGAUUAAAUUUAGUUUUGAUAUGAUUUAUAAAGUGAAUAAGAGCAUAUUUUAAUAAAAAUAACAUUUGCACAAAUUUAAUGGAAAUUAUUAUAGUUAAAAAUGUAUGUUCAAUGUAUUUAUGACUUGUGUUAUAUUUGUAUUCAUUCAAACCUUACACCUAAUUUUUAAGAUAAAUGAUAUGACCUUAUGAGUAAAAAAUAAGUUGUACAAGGCUGUAAAGAAAUUGUAGCACUUAAGUAAAUAUUGUGUUAGUGUGUAACAAUAAUUACAUUACAUGUAAUUAAGAAAUUAUAAAUGAAACAAUUAAAAAUAAUAAUAAAAUAAAUAUUUUGUAACACAAAAAGGACAACACAAUAAAGAAUAUGUGACUAUAUUUAUUAUUAUUAUUAUUAUUCUAAAAAUUAUAUUACAAAUCAAUCUUAUAAUCUAUAUAUUUUUAUAAGGAGAUGUUGUGGUAAAUCCUUUGUAUUUCUUUUUGGUCUUUAAUCCAGUUACCAGGUUAGAACUGCGUGGAAAUGCAGUUACUCCAUCAAACAAUAAGUCUGUCUCUGGGUUGAAUCUAGUAUAGUUGGCUAUUAUAUGAAGAUUAGGGGGAAGUUCACGUUUUAGAAGUGCGUCAUAAGGGACAAUUAUGUCUACAGGUGUUUCAUAAAAUUCAUAAAUUUCACCUAAAAUAAAAAUAAAUUGAAUUUAAUAUAUAUAAUUCACAACAGAUUCUUGAUAUAAAAUUUACCUAAAGUGUUUAGAGUAUGUAAAAUUGAAUUUGGUACUUUAUGGUCAACAACUUCUUCGCAUUUUUUCAGUAAUCUAAUUUUUUCAUUUUUAUCUAAUUGAUAAAAUGUGUUUGUUUGAUUGAUAGUAUUAUUUGCUAUUUUAAUUAUAACAUUUUUGAUAUCUAUGGGAGGAUCAUAUUCCUUAAGUGGCCUUAAAAAUCUUAAUAAAUAAACAAUUUGUUUUAUUAGUAAGUAGAUAUAUUUUCAGAAUAGGUAAUGAAAUAAAAGAAAUCAAUGAUAAAAUGAAUUCUUAAAUUGUUAACUCACCCCCUUGAGGCUAUGGCACUAGUAUUUCCUUCAAACUUGCUUCUAGGGGGUGUCCAAGGAAUACUUCUUUUAACUUUUUUGUGUAAUAAUCUGAUCUAUAACAAAUAUAAAAAAUAAUACAAAUAAUUAAUAGAUUUAGUAUGUAACACAAUUAGUAUUUAGAGAAAUAAUUUUGCAAAA